GCAGGCCCCAACGAACACUGCCCCGCCAAAUACUGAUUUCGGCGUAUGGUCUUGUACGCAGGGAAGCUAUAUCGAGAUGUGUUAAGGCAACCAAUUGGAAUAUUUCAACCUGAGACUGUAAAUCUAUGCAUCCGUCUUUUGGAAUCUGUCUGAAAUCUUAAGUUGUCAUCAUGAUUGGCGAGAGGAAAAAGAACUCAUUUUGUACUCGUCUUGUUUUAAUGUUAUGUUUAACCUGGGCUGCCGAGUCUCAAGCUGAAUUAUACCCUUCCGGCACCGGCAAUGGUGAUACUGCACUCAGCAAACAGAAUAACAUUGCACAACGUGUGGCGUUGGAUAAAGCCUUUCCUUUCGGUGGGAAAUACCACAGCACAUUAUAUAUAGGUGACAAUGGAGUUAUUUCUUUCGAUGAAGAAGUUUCCGAAGAGUCGGAUUUAGCCAGAAACAGACAUUUGCCGUAUUACUACGACGUUGACGGCGACGGGCGAAUUGAGGACCCGGAUACAAUCUUUGCAUUUUGGGCCGAUGUGGAUAUUACAGGUGACGGAGGUAACGUAUAUUACCGCGUAACAAGCAGCACUACAACACUCGACCAAGCGACUGCAGACGUCCACACCUACUUCCGGAGCAAUUUCGACUUUAGAGCUCAAGUCGUCAUUGUGGUCACGUGGGACCAAGUCUCGUUUUUCGACCAAACAGGUGCCUCGGAUCCACGAAAUACAUUUCAGGCGGUCCUUAUUCACGACGGGCAGGAAUCUUUCGUCCUGCUUAACUAUGGAUCUAUCACUUGGGUCGUUGGGACAAGGAUGGAUGGAGAUCCCAAUACUGGUCUCUACACUGAUACACAACUUGGCAUUGCAAUCGUUGGUUUUCUAAUGGGUGACGGUACGAUUGUAAAAAACUUCGCCUACGAACAAGAUACACUGCGGUCAUUGAGCGCAGACAGCAACGUCGAUGUUGAAGGAGUGUAUGCCUACAAGGUUGACGGUUCUUCGGUUAUUGAUCCGGUCUGCAAUGCUGCACCUGAAGCAGAGUUGUCCAUCACACCAGCCCGGUGUGGAAUGAUGGGAGGCGAGAAAAUCUACCUCUACGGACCAUGCUGGGCGGUGGAGAAAGUUCAGACCUGUGUAUUCUCUUAUGGCGGAGAGAUCAUUCAGCAAGUCAACGCUACAGUCAUCAACACCAAUGAAGCCUACUGUGUCCCAGAGCCUUUCUUUCUCGUUGGUGAAGUCACCGUCACGGUGUUAGAGGCAGGCGAUGAGCUCGCAAACUCGCCCUCAACAAUCUACUCCGUCAUUGAAAGUGGGACAGUCACUCCAACUGUCACUAGGCAAAACUCUGGUACUUCCUCGUGGGACAAAGCCGGAAACUCUCUACAAAUCACUUGGGACGUAGAUCAAGAAAGCUUUGGCCCCUCCGACAGCGCCCUCUCGAUAACUGUUCUAGCAUACCGCGAGGACAACCCUGGGCCUCGGUGGGUAAACGUAUACAUGAUAACAAACGCCACUGCAGAUGAUGGCUCGUUUACGUUCACUCCGACGGCACAGGUGGACGUGACAGAGGCGAAUGCAUUCGGUGUCAUUCGAAUUACCGGAAUGGAUAACGGUCGUCAACGUGUUCUCUGGAGUGACAUACACCCUCUUGGCUAUCUUUUGGAACAGUCUUACCAGGACGAUUCUGUCAUGUGGGCCACGGAGAAAUGCAAUGAGUGGAUUACAGCAGACAACGCCAAGGGCGCCUUUCUUAGUAACCUACCGGCUUGCCCGUGCACCCUUGACCAGGCUGAGCAGGACGUCGGGAACUUCAUCACUGAUCCAUCAUGCUAUCCAGAGGGCGGAGAAGACACUUGCGCCGAGCACGAAGGAGCCAUAUCCUGCUUUUUCAGCGCUUAUGCAACGUUUAUAAGCCUUGAUGAUUCUAUUUUGUCUCCUUUGCUUUGCCUGUCAUCUACAUGAUGGUCUUUUUCAUCC